AUGGCCCCUAUCGAGCGAAUCACCCUCUUCAAGGUCCCCAAGGAAGAAGACCGCCACCGUAUCUUAGAACAAUACAAAAUUCUCGCAAAGACAGCGACCAAGGACGGUAAACCGUAUAUCGUUUCGUGUGCGGCAGGCCUCUCCAUCGAUGACCCACGAAACAAGGGUUUCAAUGUGUCGGUGAAAACGACGUUUGCGUCCCUGGAGGAUAUGCAGUACUACGACAAUGAGUGCGAGGCGCACAAGGCAUUGAAAGCCGUGGCGGGACCGGCCAAGGAGGAUGUGCUUACGACUUAUUUCGAGGAUGUCCUGUAG